AUGGAGAUAUUCCUUGCCGAGAAGCUCACGAAUUGGAUAGCUACUUUAGACGGCACGAAAAAGGCUAAGUAUGCUAACGAGGUUAUUCAUCGUGCCAGACUUACUGACACUAAGCUGUCUGAUACCCCCAUUGAACUUAAUGUAAAGCUCAACACUACUGAUGGGGUUCCUCUAGAUGAUCCUACGUUGUAUCGCGAGCUUGUGGGUUGCUUAGUCUAUCUGAUAGUUACUCGUUCUGAUCUUGCCUAUGCUGUCCAUGUGAUUAGUCAGUUUGUUUCUGCCCCUCGCUCUACACAUUGGGCUGCUUUGCUUCGGAUUCUUCGUUAUCUUCGCAGUACUAUCUUUCAGGGCUUGCUGUUCUCUUCUACUUCUUCCUUAGAUUUGGUGGCUUAUGCUGAUGCUGAUUGGGCUGGUGAUGUUAAUGAUCGUAAAUCUACUUCUGGUUUCU